AUGCUUAUUUUAAAUGCCCGAUGUGCAUGUCGAGCAUGUCGUUUGAAGAAAUGUGAAGAAAUGGGAAUGGAUCGAAAAGUGGUACAACUUAAACGUCUUCAUGAAACUUACCAAAAAUCAAUGAUAAAGAUAAAUUCAAAAAGAAUGGCAGCAAAUUCAACUGAAUUCAUCAAUAAUCCGUUAUCAACCAUCUCGAACAAUAAUCGAUCCGAAAUGAGAAGAGAUGAUCCAUCAGUAUCCAAUUAUGAUUAUGGUGUGAGUUCAGCAUCACAAGAAAAAGGAUUGAUAGCUUGUUUGGUAGAUGAUUACAAGAAGCAGAGAGAACGACGACGAAUGAUGCUAUGUCAAUGUGUUGAAGAAAUUAUAGUUGAUGAGAUUGAAAGUGAAGGGAUAUUAAAAGGACCUGCUUCCACUCUUGAUUAUGUUGACAUUUUUAAAGUGCAAGUGGUUCUAAUGCAUGAAUGGGUUUUAAGGCUUGAAGAGUUUAAUGCUAUAGAAGAUCCAUUUGAUAAAUCAAAAUUAUUACGACGUUUUACAUUACGAUACAUGUUAUUGGAUAAUAUCUUUCAUGCGGUAGAAUUGGGCGUUCGCGAUCGAAUAAUUCUUGUCAAUAAUACAUACAUAAUUCCAGGAAAUUUUCCGAAUAAUAUGCCGGAUGAAACCCAAAUUAGUCAGACAAUAAAACGCAUGAUGUAUGGUGAACGAAGUGCUCAAUUGAUUGAUGAAUUAAUUGCUCCAAUGAUUGAUAUGAAUUUUACUAUUGGGGAGUUUAUGGCUUUACGCUUAAUAACAUUUUGGAAUCCAUACGGUAUGGCCUUUUCACCUCAAGCAAAAAAAACUAUCGAGAUGGCGAGAAAUCGAGCUGUCAAUGAGUUAUACCGAUGGUAUUCAGAUCAACAUUUUGAAUCGAUCGAUAUUCGUCUAGGCAAUAUAUUGCUUUUACUUUGUCCAAUAACUGAACAAUUACAUUAUAUGACAGAAAUGGUUAAACUAAUUCCAUCGUUUGGUACACUUAAUGAAAGGGAUUCAUAUCUUCAAAACAUACUUGCAACGUGA